AUGUCCACGCUGGCGUGCACGUACACCGCGAACCCGGCUCGCCAGCUCUCAUUGCGGAAGGAACAUGCCCUGCGGACAGUCAAGCUGGUGCUAGCGCGCAACUGGUGCACAGCUGGUACACGGCUGUUUGAGUCGAAGGCAACAGGCGAUUCACAUCGAUUUACGACAGAUGCUUCGUGCAGCUUGCAACGCGGCAAGGAAGAGCAAUACUUCGUCACGACAUAUUAUGUUGCGGGCAUGUUUUUCGACCUGCCCGUGCAUGCUUGGCUUUACAAGCCGGAAUGCCUUGGUCUGAACUGUGAGAGUGAGAGGACCACUCUUGGCAUACCCACGCAUAUGGACAAAUGCUGCCUUCCUCUCAAUGCUGGACCUGCUCAGAUGCGACCGCCGGCACCGCGCGGUGGUCAUCCGUGCGGUGCGCUCACGGCCGGGUACUUGGCUUCAGACUCGAACGCAUUUCGGGUCGCUUGCUCACAGCCGCCUCUUGUGCGAAAGUGGGCGUCAACUGACUGA